AUGAACCAGCACUACUAUGAAGAAGAGCGCCAGCGCCUGGAGUACUACUGGGCCCAGCGUAGCCGAAUGGUCGGCAGCCUUUUCUACAUGCCGCCCGAGCUCGCCUACCCGGAAGCCGUUCUCGACAAUCCAUUCGCAUCGAGAAGAUUCAUGGUAGGCGAAGAGCAGGUCCAAUCCGACCACCAGGGCCAAGAUGCUCACGCCAGCUCUGUCCAGUCGGUCCACGACGCUUUCGAGGAUCCCCGUCUUGGCGAUAACGACUACAAUGAGAACCCGUUCUACGCCAAGCACCUAGACUUGAACGUCAUGUCUCCCCAGCAAGCCGAGAACGCCGUCGAGGGACCAGCUGCUCAGCAGCAUCAGCAUGAUGCCAUCCAGGGGAGUCAUUACAUUCCUAUCGACCCUGAUCUCGAGAACCAGUCUAUCAUUGCUGUUCAGCCGGCUCAGAGCGCUCUCGAGGAGUAUCGUAAAGCUCUCGCAGGCGAUUCCGAGCAUCCGAAUCUCAGCAACGUCCCCCCCGACUACAUCUACGACUUUCAAGCUAGCCCCAUGAACUUCCAGCCAGGCCACGCCGGAAAUAUCAACGACCUGAUCAAGGAUGGCUUUAGCCUUGUGUACCCUGUCUAUGGCCCGGUUUUCGGACCCCCUGCCGAGCAUGGCGAUCCUGCGGUGGUUCCUCAAGAGCACGAAGGACAGGAGCAGCACAAUCAUGACGCCGACGUGAAUGCGCAUUUGCAGGAGGACGACAACCACAACGCGGCCGCCGGUCCCAGAGCGCUCGCGCAGGAUAACAACGCCAAUCAUCAAGCCACGGCCAAUGUUCCAGCUCCUCGGGUCAGGCCGAGAGGCAGACAAAGUCACAAUGCCACGCUUCCCAGGAUCCAGCACAACGACGACUCCAACAUCCCAGAUCCGCACCAUUACGGCCUUUUUAGGGUGGAGGCAAGGCCCCCCUGUCAAGAAAUCACCCGAACCGUCCGCGGAGAGCAGAAGACGCUCAUACAGUGUAAUCGCUGUAACAAAACCCGUUCGAGACGGGACGAGAUGCGCUGGCACCUUCGGAAGAAGCACUAUGGCCGUUACUACCCGCCGCAUGGAUGUCACAUGAAGAAGGGUCGGGAGCAAGCUUUGCUUGACUGUCCCUAGAAGAGAUGAUUGCUUUUGGGGAGGAUGGAUGGAUUGCUGGGAUGGAUUCGUAGAUCAGGAGUUUUUGAGUUGCAUAAUAAA